GUGUGGCGCUGGUAGGUUCGUCACUGUUUGGAGUUGGAGUGCCUCUCGAGCUUGUGUUUUCGGUUCAAUUUCUAGUGCGGUUAGAAUUUUGUUUAGUUUCAAAUCUUAUUCGAAGGAAAAGUGUUUGUCGCAAAUAUUACUUUCGAUAAACAUAGCUAGCUAUAACGUUAUCACACAGGAUCUUAAUAAUAUUAAUCAUCACAACACCGGAGUUCGUUUAGUCAGCGCAACUUGUGUCGAGAUGAGUGUGGAGGCGUACGGGCCGAGUUCUCAAACGCUCACCUUCCUGGACACGGAGGAAACGGAGCUACUUGGAGCAGAUACACAGGGCUCGGAGUACGAGUUUACCGAUUUUACUUUACCUAGCCAGACACAAACUCAAGGCCAAACCCAAAGUCAACUGGACAAUCAGGUGAAUGGUCCCGAUGAAGGACUCCACAAUGGAGGGGUGGAUGAUGUGGCCAAAGCUAGCCAACUCCUUGCUGAGUUAAACUUUGAGGAGGACGAGGAGGACACCUAUUACACCAAAGACCUCCCGCUGCAUGCCUGCAGUUACUGUGGCAUCCAUGAUCCGGCAUGUGUAGUUUACUGCAACACGAGCAAGAAGUGGUUCUGCAACGGACGCGGCAAUACGUCUGGCAGCCACAUCGUCAACCACUUGGUGAGGGCCAAAUGUAAAGAGGUGACUCUGCACAAAGACGGGCCCCUGGGCGAGACGGUGCUGGAGUGCUACAACUGCGGCUGUCGCAAUGUCUUCCUCCUGGGCUUCAUCCCUGCCAAGGCAGACUCUGUGGUCGUACUGUUGUGCAGGCAGCCAUGUGCCAGUCAGAGCAGCCUGAAGGACAUCAACUGGGACAGCUCCCAGUGGCAACCGCUGAUCCAAGACCGCUGCUUCCUGUCUUGGCUGGUGAAGAUCCCCUCAGAGCAGGAGCAGCUCCGGGCUCGCCAGAUCACCGCCCAGCAGAUCAACAAGCUGGAGGAACUCUGGAAGGACAAUCCCACAGCCAGUCUGGAGGACCUGGAGAAGCCCGGCGUGGACGAGGAGCCACAGCAUGUGCUGCUGCGCUACGAGGACGCCUACCAGUACCAGAACAUCUUCGGCCCGCUGGUCAAGCUGGAAGCCGACUACGACAAGAAGCUUAAAGAGUCCCAGACCCAAGAUAAUAUAACGGUCAGGUGGGACCUGGGGCUCAAUAAAAAGCGGAUUGCCUAUUUCUCCCUGCCCAAGACGGAUUCAGGUGACAUGAGGCUGAUGCAGGGAGAUGAGAUCUGCCUGCGCUACAAAGGAGACCUGGCCCCCCUCUGGAAGGGCGUUGGGCAUGUCAUCAAAGUCCCCGACACACCCUUUGUGAAAGACUAUGGAGAUGAGAUUGCUAUAGAGUUGCGCAGCAGUGUCGGGGCGCCAGUGGAAAUACCCCAUAACUUCCAGGUGGAUUUUGUCUGGAAGUCCACCUCCUUUGACAGGAUGCAGAGUGCUCUGAAGACCUUCGCCGUGGACGAGACAUCCGUGUCGGGCUACAUCUACCACAAGCUGCUGGGUCACGAGGUGGAGGACGUGGUCAUCAAGUGUCAGCUGCCCAAACGCUUCACUGCCCAGGGCCUGCCGGACCUCAACCACUCUCAGGUGUAUGCUGUGAAGACGGUGCUACAAAGACCUCUCAGUCUCAUCCAGGGGCCUCCCGGGACUGGCAAAACGGUCACUUCUGCCACCAUCGUCUACCACCUGGCCAGGCAGGGCAACGGGCCUGUGCUGGUUUGUGCUCCCAGUAACAUUGCGGUGGAUCAGCUGACCGAGAAGAUCCACAUGUCGGGCCUGAAGGUGGUGAGGCUGUGUGCUAAGAGCAGGGAGGCCAUUGACUCCCCUGUCUCCUUCCUGGCUCUGCACAACCAGAUCCGCAACAUGGACAGUAUGCCAGAACUGCAGAAGCUGCAGCAGCUGAAGGAUGAGACCGGGGAGCUGUCGUCCGCUGACGAGAAGCGCUACCGGGCCCUGAAACGCACCGCUGAGAGGGAGCUGCUCAUGAAUGCGGAUGUGAUCUGCUGCACCUGUGUGGGGGCCGGAGACCCUCGUCUGGCCAAGAUGCAGUUCCGCUCCAUCCUGAUCGAUGAGAGCACACAGGCCACAGAGCCAGAGUGCAUGGUGCCUGUGGUUCUGGGGGCCAAGCAGCUGAUCCUGGUGGGGGACCACUGCCAGCUGGGCCCGGUGGUGAUGUGUAAGAAGGCAGCCAAGGCCGGCCUGUCCCAGUCCCUGUUUGAACGGCUGGUGGUUCUGGGCAUCCGACCCAUCCGCCUGCAGGUCCAGUACCGCAUGCACCCGGCCCUCAGCGCCUUCCCGUCCAACAUCUUCUACGAGGGCUCCCUGCAGAACGGCGUCACGGCUGCUGAUCGCAUCAAGAAAGGCUUUGAUUUCCAGUGGCCACAGCCAGACAAGCCCAUGUUCUUCUACGUGACUCAGGGCCAGGAGGAAAUCGCUAGCUCUGGGACAUCCUACCUGAACAGAACUGAGGCAGCCAAUGUGGAGAAGAUCACCACCAGGCUGCUGAAGGCUGGGGCCAAGCCUGACCAGAUAGGCAUCAUCACCCCCUAUGAGGGCCAGAGGUCCUACCUGGUGCAAUACAUGCAGUUCAGUGGUUCCCUCCACACCAAGCUCUACCAGGAGGUGGAGAUUGCCAGCGUGGACGCGUUCCAGGGCAGGGAGAAGGACUUCAUCAUCUUGUCUUGCGUCAGAGCCAAUGAGCACCAGGGCAUCGGCUUCCUGAACGACCCUCGCCGUCUCAACGUGGCCCUCACCAGAGCCAAGUACGGGGUGAUCAUUGUGGGCAACCCCAAGGCCCUGUCCAAGCAACCUCUGUGGAACCACCUGCUCAACUACUACAAGGAGCAGAAGGUCCUGGUGGAGGGACCCCUGAACAACCUGAGGGAGAGCCUGAUGCAGUUCAGCAAGCCCCGCAAGCUGGUCAACGCCAUCAACCCUGGAGCCCGCUUCAUGAGCACUGCCAUGUAUGAUGCCCGGGAGGCCCUCAUCCCUGGGUCUGCCUACGACCGCAGCAGCGCAGGGCGUCCAUCCAACAUGUACUUCCAAACCCAUGACCAGAUGGGCAUGAUUGGGGCGGGGCCAGCCCACAUGGGGGCCAUGAACAUGCCCAUUCCCUUCAACCUGGUGAUGCCUCCGAUGCCCCCCCCAGGGUAUCUGGCUCAGUCCAACGGCCCGGCUGCAGGUCGUGGUGGGGCACUGAAAGGCAAAGCAGGCCGUGGGGGGCGCCAGAGGACCCGGGGGAUGGGGAAUCACGGGGGCAGCGGGCAGGGCAAUGGGCCCACCAGUCAGGCCAGCCAGUCCAUAUCUUCCCAGCCCUUCUCCCAGGGGCCUCUCACCCAGGGCUACAUCAACAUGAGCCAGCCUUCCCAGAUGAGCCAGCCAGGCCUCUCCCAGCCUGAACUGUCCCAGGACAGUUAUCUGGGUGAUGAGUUCAAAUCCCAGAUCGACGUGGCUCUGUCCCAGGACUCCACCUACCAGGGUGAACGUGCGUAUCAGCACGGAGGCGUGACAGGGCUGUCACAGUACUAAAGUGUUGUUGGAAGAGGAGCUAGGCUUGAGCUGAGCUUAGUUCAUCAGCAUUUUAAUCUGGGUAAUAAUAAAAACAAAAAACGGAUACCUGUUUUCCUCUGCUACAACUGAAGCACCAUUGUGUGAAAGCAACAGGAGAGAGAAACCAACCAAUCAUGAGAGAGAAAGCGACAGACAGAAGAGACGGCCAGGAAGAGAGAGCGAGUGGGAGUGAGGAACCCCAGCUGGCGCACGGGGACGAGGAGAGCGAGGCAGCGGCAGGAGUUCGAGCUGUCGUGACGUAGACGCAACGUGAACGAGGAAACAAAACGAGGCAAGGAAAGAUGCCCUCCCCCACCACUUCCAAAACCCCUUCCCCACCUCCGCUCCCCACCUCACGCCUCUGUCCAUCGGAAUGACCAGUUUUCCAAGGGACCUCACUAAUUUAGCAGUGAAAAGGGAAAAACAAGUUCUCGAGCAACUUGGCUGGGGGACUGCAUUCCGUUAACUCUCUGAAAGCGGAUAACAAGAAAGUCUGGGGGGGGAGGGGUGGUGUGAAACGCUUCAAAAAGGCAACACAGGAAAUCCUCACCUCAAAGUUGAUCGGUUGUCAAACCCGUUUGAUACCCAGACUCGAUUGGAUUGAUGUGGAGGAUGAGUGGCAGUGUUGAUCUAUUAGACCUGAAAUCUAAUCAAAUGGCCGCAAGAGGAACAGUCUCCAAGAGGAACAGUCUCCAAGAGGAACAGUCUCCAAGAGGAACAGUGGACACUUCAAGUCGUUGUCGUUCAACUUUGAGUUGAAAAGGUUUCUGCGCUAAAGUCUGAGAUUAAAGAACUUUGAAUUUAAAUGCCUUUGAUUGCCUUGGGAACCACUGGCUUUUUCACAAGGUCUUUUCAGAAACAGGUGGUUUACUAGAAGUUGAGUAGCGUGGGGAUGUCAGAGAAAGGAUGUGUAUCCAAGAGAUCUGGAAUCGUGACACUUUGUUUCUGGAGUACCUUUUCUUAUUGCAGAGCACAAAGCAAAAAAAAAAAAAUGUUGAUAUAAAAAAAAUGACCAGCAUUGAAGAAUUAUUACGUCAAUAUUAUUUGAAGUUCCAGCAAAGGCUUUUACGAUCUGUUGACAGAGGGGGUGAGAUACCACCCACUGUACUAUUGAACAGAGCAUUUGCGUUGUUUUUAAACCUUUUGUAUGCUUCCAUUGGCCUCAGCUUUAGGUAAUGUUUAACAUGGGUAAGUCCUGGUGGUUGUGAUACUGAUUUGCAUGACAAGAUUCAAAUUGACGAUUGAGCUACUAAUGGAAUCUGAUUUCUACCGAAGUCUACACACUUGUUACUAUUGAAGUUUAAGGUGGGUGGCUGAGUGUGUAAAAUAAACAGUCAAGUGCAAGAACAGACAAAGAUGGCUGGAGGAACGGCUGUUGACAAGAAAUCUGGGAAUGGAUACAGAGUUUUAAUUUUGUUUUAAUUUAGAAUGGAGAAUCAAAUAGUGUAAACUUUAAUGUGAUUCUUCCUGUGAAAUGCAGACAAUGUUACUACACUAGUGUUCGCUUGUCAAAUCCAAACUAUUGGAAACCAUUUCACACCAGUUUAUACACUAUCAGUGAAAUGGCUGAGAAUAUUUUCUCUCAACAAAUUUAGUGAAUCUGAAGCAGUGUGCACAAGUUCCUUGAAUGAUUUAAAGGAAUAAAGCGGCACGAACAUGAAUGUAGUUAAAAGCAUCCUAAACCAGCGUAUACCAACUUUAUGGAAAGAUCCACAGGCCAGUAUGUUGUGGGUUAUACAGGACCCUUUUGUCUCUUUGUUUUUAUGGUGCAAUCACCACCUUCUGUUAGAAACCAUCAAACCAGACUUUCCUUUUGCAGAUUCUACUUUGUACUGUAACUUUGGGCUUCCCAGUAAUUCACCCAUUGUUUCCUACAUAUUCAUGUGGCUCCUAAUCCCUCAAUGAUUUCCCGUGAAUUGGAGUAUAAUGUCAGCUCCCUACUGUUGUUUGCUCUAUUUGCUUGUGUGAUAUUAAAGCGGGUUGUAUAUUGCAAUCUUUGACAUGAACCUCUACACUGUUUGAGUAGUUAUCAGAUGACAUGGCAGUGACAUACUUGUUUUAAUUUGUCAGGUUUUAAACCAACCCUUGAACAGUCCUUGGGACUGUUUUGUUCUUAUGAAAUCCUUAUGUCUGUUUUAGGAAUGUUAUCUGGAUGCUUUGAGAAUGUAUUCAGUUUAGCUUGCCACCUGCUUUGAUGUUCAUUCCUUUUGUUUCUUUGUCAUCACCGGAUUUGUCAAUCCAAAACACAUUGUAUGACAAUCAUGCUGUCAACUAGCUAGUCGUGGUUGAAACAUUGUGCAAAAACUUUGUUGUUUGACAGGCUUUAUGAUUUCUUUCUCUUGAUUUUAUCAUGAAAUUUCAUUUUCCCAGUUUAGCUAUUAUGAAAUUUACUCUAAUUCCUGUCAGGGAAUAUCUUUGCUGUAUACUUCGUUUUGACCAAGGUGAUAAUUUAUAGAACUUAUUACGUUGAAUGCAAAUUCAGCAAUCGUUUUUGAUAAUAUAGCCAGGGCUGUGCUUCGAACUAGAAACAUGGUAUUGUAAAACAAUACUGUGGGAAUUAAUGGAAAAUAACCAAAAUUAAAAUUUGACACAUUUUGGGAUGGUACCCUCUGCCUUCCUCCUUUUAGGGCAUUCAUAUUCUCACUAUGAAAAAGUGCACUAAAGAUACAUUGACUUAACACUGAUGCAAGCCAACAGUCUGGUUUACAGCCAUGUUAAGUUAGCCGGUCUGAAGUUGAAAUAGGCCCUGCAUAAAUGACUGUCCUAUUUGCAGUAAAGAUUAACAAAGACUCUUUGCAGUGUACAUCAUUUCUUGUAAAAUUUUAAAAUCAAUAAAGUUUGCUUCUGAGA